AUGGACAGGCUCAUAAAGUUAGACCCAUCAAACAUAGUCCUAAUAAGAGUUGAACCAGGGCAAAAAUGCUAUGGCAGAAUCACCUUAAGCAAUGUCAUGUACACUAUGCCAGUGGCAUUUAGGCUUCAUCCAUUGAUCAAAACCCGUUAUACAGUGAAGCCCUAUUCAGGGAUCAUAUCCCCUUUGGCAACACUCACCAUAGAGAUCAUCUAUAAUCUCCCACCAGGCUCUAAUCUCCCUUACUCUUUUCCUCACUCAGAUGAUUCUUUCCUCUUGCAUAGUGUUCUUGUUCCUGGUGCUACCAUCAAAGAACCUUCCUCCAUGUAUGAUGCUGUUCCAAGUGACUGGUUCACCACAAAAAAAAAACAAGUCUUCAUUGACAGUGGCAUCAAAGUCAUGUUUGUGGGGUCGCAGAUUCUGGCUCAUUUGGUUGCAGAUGGUUCAAUGGAUGACAUAAGAGAGGUACUUGAAAGAAGUGACCCUUCAUGGAAAGCUGUGGAUUCCACAGACCCACAAGGCCAAACUUUACUUCACUUGGCCAUUUCAAAAUGUAGAGCUGAUCUUGUUCAAUUACUCCUAGAAUUUGAGCCUGAUAUAGAAACUCCAAGCCGUUCUGGCUCAACCCCACUUGAGGCUGCAUCUUCCUCUGGUGAAGCCUUAAUUGUUGAGCUUCUUUUGGCUCACAGGGCCAGCACACAACGAUCAGAAUCAUCUAUGUUUGGGCCAAUCCACAAUGCAGCUAGAGGAGGACACAUGGAGGUUCUGAGGCUUCUCUUACUCAAAGGUGCCAAAGUGGAUGCACUCACAAAAGAUGGUAACACAGCCUUGCACCUUGCUGUUGAAGAGCGUAGAAGAGACUGUGCUAGGCUUCUACUUGCAAAUGGUGCAAGAACAGAUGUUGGAAACACCAGAGAAGGUGACACUCCUCUGCACAUAGCAGCAGCCAUAGGAGAUGAGAACAUGGUCAAACUCUUGCUGCAAAAGGGUGCAAACAAAGAUGUGAGGAAUGCACUAGGUAAGACAGCAUACGAUCUUGCAGCAGAAAACGGCCAUGGACGCCUCUUCGACGCGCUUCGUUUGGGAGACAACUUGUGCGUGGCUGCGAGAAAAGGGGAAGUGAGGACAAUCCAGAGGCUACUUGAGAGAGGAGCAACCAUCAAUGGAAGGGACCAACAUGGUUGGACAGCACUGCAUAGAGCCUCAUUCAAAGGUAUAAUAGAUGCAGUUCGGAUUCUAGUUGAGAAAGGGAUCGAUGUGGAUGCAAAGGAUGAAGAUGGUUAUACAGCAUUGCACUGUGCAGCUGAGUCAGGCCAUGCAGAUGUGACAGAGUUUUUGGUGAAGAAAGGUGCAGAUGUUGAAGCCAGAACAAGCAAGGGUGUGACUGCAUUGCAAAUAGCAGAGUCAUUGCACUAUGUUGGGAUUACAAGGAUACUUGUUAAUGGUGGAGCUAGUAAGGAUAAUGUGGAUCAAAUACCUGCACCUACUGCUAUUCCAUUUGGGAGUAAAAUGGAAGCUGAGGGUGUUAUGAAGAAGAAAAAGAAGAACAUGGGUAGAACCAGAGUGCUAAGGGGUAGCUUUGAUCGUUCAACGGCUUUGGUUGUGCUCUAG